GCACUUACACAACCGUCACUGGGUGAACUGACUAAAAAGCCGUCACUGGAUCCUGGCUCCUCCCAUUUGCCCAAAUUCCACACACAUCUGGUUGCUUUGGUUGUUCUCCGAAACUAAAUACUGCAAAAGCCUGAGGGGUGAAGUGAGGGGGAAUAGAAGAAGAUAUGUGAAGAAAAGGGGAGUGGAAAACAUUAUAAAAGCAAAGAGAAGAGAGAUACAGAGGGGGCAAUGUAAGAAAAUAAUCACUGGCAGACUACAGUGAGUUAAACUGCACAUUUCCAGGAAGAGACAGAGUGAGCAGAAGAGAAAGAGAGCGAGAAGCUGAGAUUUUCUAGGCAAAAAUAGUGGCCUCAGACAAAGGUUUGUGUGUUUAUCCAUCAGCAGGUCACAGUAUGGCGCUGUUCCAGCUUUGCAAGACGCCCACAGGACCAGUCAGAGUGACAAGAGUACAGCUGGUCCUGUACUGUUUUCUCCUGUCUCUUAUCAUAUACUUCCUCCAUGGACAUAAAGCUGCUGUCAGUGUGGAGUCACCUCAUCCUAUAGUUCAUGCCUUGGGGAUGGACAGGGGAAGAGGAAUGGCAGGCAUGAAGUUUGUCAAGGUAGCAGCACCACAAACUCCUCUGGAGACACCAUGGGGUGGUCCUUUAGUGUGGGGUGACACCCAUAACUCAGAUAUGCGUAGGGCUAAAUUUGCACAACGGGAAAUCCAUACAGGUCUGCUGGCCCUUAUGGUUGGAACUUAUGCCCGAUUCGUCAAACGUUUCAUCUCUUCAGCUGAAACCCACUUUCUCCCUGGUCAGAGGGUCACAUACUACAUUCUCACAGACAAUCCCCGUCCUCUGGAUCCCCCCAUCAAGUUGGGUCCCGAUCGAAAGCUGAAGGUGGUUCCUGUUGCAGAGCUGCCUGGGUGGGACAGGCUAACCCGUCGCCGGAUGGCCCUGCUUGCUGAUGCCAUCAGAAACCGAAUUGGCAACGAGGUUGAAUACAUCUUCUGCGCUGACAUCGAUCAGGAGUUUAUCGCCCCUGUGGGAGAGGAAAUCCUAGGAGACCUGGUGGCCACAUUGCACCCAGAGCUCUAUGGGAUGCCACGAAAUGCAUUUCCUUACGAAGUUGAAGAAGUCUCAUCAGCUUGUGUGGAGCAGGAUGAAGGAGACUACUACUACACUUCUGAGUUGUAUGGAGGGUUGGUUUCUGAGAUGUACAGACUUGCUCGAGCCUGUUCUUUGCUCAUUCUGCAGGACCAGGCUAAUGGGGUAAUGGCCAGGGGUCUCGAGGAGAGCUACCUGAACCGCUACCUGAUCGACCACAGGCCGACCUGUAUACUGUCACCAGAAUAUAGCUGGUGGGACUCACCCCUGGCUGCUGAUGUGCCUGUACAGAGGCUAGUCUCCUUGGGAAGACAAUGUGAAGCUUACAAUAAGCAGGAGAGAAAGGUGCACAGAUGUUGAAUCAAUUUAAAAAGAAGGACGGGAGAGUUCUGAUGGCCAAACCCAAUAAAGUGCGGACGUAGAUCUCCCUCCUACUACUGUUUUUAGUGUUUACAUUUGAAGAAGAUCUCUGCUUGAAUAUUAGCAUAGAGUGUUAUGACAGGACAGGAGAGGAAGGGAAAAGACGAAGAGAAAACACAUUCCAAUCAUCUUUAUUCAAUUCAUAAUUUCCAUUUUCUGGCCAGUGAAUGUAGCCUUUAAUCACACAGAAGCAAACUACACAAUCUGCUGUCAAUUAAAGACCCAUUUGUGUGAAUAGCAUCUCUGCGUGCCUGCUAUCUCUUCCACAACAGACAAAAAAGAAAUUGACCUGUCUCUUUAUACAAAGCACUGUUCCCUCCAUUAAUGUCAGCUUGCUCCAGUGGCUUUGUGGUCAGCAGCGAUAAGAGUCAACAGUGUAAGUGCACACUUUCCCCGCAGUGGCCAAUCAUUAACUGGAAAAGCUGCUGUUUCAAGGUCUUUCAAUACCAGGUGGAGGGAGGGAAAAUGGAUAUGGGAUGCUAUUUCCCCAGGUUACAUGUGCAUAGAAGCAACCAUGUGAAACUUAGCAAAAGCUAUAAUCAUUUUCAAAUCGAUGAAACUGGUUUCGGUGUAUUAAAGCAAUCAUUAAAAACUUUUAUGGGCUGGAGUAAAACUCAAAA